AUGGCUGAUGAGAUAUUUGAUCAAGCAGAUCUUAAUAAAGAUCAGCGACUUGAUUUGAAUGAAUUCCGCAAUCUUAUUAGUCAAAAUCUUGGACCUGGUGCAUCGAUUUAUACUGGUAAUCUAAGUGAUGGUGGACAAUACUCCGGAAGAUAUUUCGAUUCUUCUUCAUCAGGAGGUUAUUUAGAUGGACACAACAGUACUGGUGGCUAUAAUAACGUUGGCGAAGGAUACAGUGGUGUUGCUGAUGGUUAUAAUGGCGUUGGCGAUUUAGGCGGAGGCACACUGAAUGGUGCUGGUAAUAUCGAUGCUAAUACAACUUUCAAUUCCUUCGAUCAAACAUCAUUUGCCUCAUCAACGGGCGGCGGGAGUGUUGUAGGUGCUGGUACCGGCAAUGGUGGUCUAACGUUCGACGCUGAAGGUAAUUCUGUUGCCGAAAGAACAGUAGGAACUGCAGGAGAUAUUUCAACAUCGUCGUUCGAUGCUGGCAAUAGCCAACAACAAAUUCAACAAUACGCCACCAAUGCACAAGGCCUUUAUCAAGAUCCUAAUCCACAAAUUAUUCGCCGGCCCGCUCAAGGUGAACAAAUAACCUACACUCAAAAUAUCAAAAUUCGAUUCCUUCAACCACCAGCUAUUCCACCACCAGGCCCAUUGAUCAUUAAAGAAGUGCGACCACCCCAACCACCACCACCGCCACCAUUGGUUGUUCGUCAACGGGCUCCAACUCGUCCUACUCCACCUCCACUUAUUCUACGUGAAAAACCCCCUCCAAUCCCCACCCAAACAGGAGCUCAAACUGUUAUACGAAAACUUCCACCUCUCCCACUCCCUCCCAGAUCAGUCAUCAUUGAACGUUUACCUCCAACUCCACCGAAACCACGGGAUAUCAUCAUUGAACGUUGGAUCCCGUACAAUGUCCUAGCCAAUCGAAAAACAAUUGUCCAACGUGCCGAAGAGCCCAAACCGUAUCCUAAACCGCGCAAUGUCAUUAUUCAAUAUGAAGCUCCUCAAGUUCGCAUUGUUCGCCAGUUCCAACGUCUUGGCGUUACGCCAGAAAACCCACAAGAAUACGUUCAGCGUUACGGUACGUCGUUGUACGAUUCACAAACAUUGGUACAACAAGCUCGUGCUGCUGGUGUCAUUGAAGAUAUUUCGCCACCAACCAAUCUUGCUGGUGUCGGAGGAACAUCAUCAGCAACGUUUAAUAAUGAAUACGGUACUGCUACGCCAGGUGCUGAAAGUACUGGAAUUGGUUCACCAGCAUCCUUUGAUUCAUCAGGCUAUGGUGGACAAACAGGAAGUGCAGAAUUUUCAGGUUUUGAAACCGGCCAAAAUGGAACAUCCGGAGGUUUUAGCGCCUCAUAUGAAUCAGGUUCGUAUUCAUCACAAGGUGCUAGUACUAGCGCUGGUGGUGGUAAUAACGGUACUCUUCAUGGUGAUGCAAGUGCCUCGGGUUAUCAGAGUUACAGUGGCUCAAAUGGUAGUAAUAUAGAUUUAGCUAAUGCUGCGUUUAACGCUGCUGAUCUCAAUAAAGACGGUCUAAUUGAUCCAAAUGAAUUCCGUCAAUUUCUUGGUUCACAACUCCAAUGA